CACACACCGAUGGACUACUCUUGAACAAAUCUCCCUCCCCCCCCACCCGACCCGGCCCCCUCUAAAAAACACAGUGGCACAUUGUUUUUCUUUUCCUGCAAAGGUAACCAGACUGAAGGACUUACUGGUUUUUGUGCUCCUGCAAAGUGACAAACUAUUGUCAACUUUCCUCAGAAUACCCACGACGAUCCGAGCACAGAUGGAUCUAAACGGCUUUAUGUUUCUCCUGGUCCUGUGCGCCCUCAAUAAGCUGCUUUCAUCUGCAAGCCCUGAAGAUGAAUUCCAGGAGCAUCUGAAUCAUCGGGGUGAACAUCAGGCGUCACGGAACCAAAUCGCCAUGGCCCAGUACGAAUGCUUCCAGCGGAUUGUGAAAAAAUCACACCACAAAACAAAAACAAUAGCAGGUAUAGAGUGCAACACGACGUGGGAUGGGUGGCUGUGCUGGGACGAAACUGAAGCCGGCGUCACAACAGAGCAGAGCUGUCCAGAGUACUACGAUGAUUUUGACCCUCAUGCGAUGGCCUCCAAAGUCUGCACAGAGACAGGCGAGUGGGGACGUCACCCAGAGAGCAAGAGGACAUGGACAAACUUCACAAACUGCAGAGCCAACACAACACAUCAUGGAGCAGCAGCAAUGACUCACUUCUACUUGGUUAUGAUUGGUCACGGCCUGUCGGUGGUUUCAUUGCUCAUAUCGUUAGGAAUAUUCUUCCAUUUUAAGAGUCUGAGCUGCCAGAGGAUAACCCUGCACAAAAACCUCUUCCUCUCAUUCGUGCUGAACUCAAUCAUCACCGUCGUCAGGCUUACAACAGUGGUUAAUAAACAGGGACACUCGCAUAAUGAUUCCGCAAGCUGUAAGCUGCUCAUGUUCAUCCACCUGUAUCUGCUGAGCUGUAACUACUUCUGGAUGCUUUGCGAGGGCAUCUACCUGCACACGCUGAUAGUUGUGGCAGUGUUUGCAGAAAAACAACAUCUCAUGUGGUAUUAUCUGCUCGGGUGGGGUUUCCCGCUCGUGCCAGCGGUGAUACAUUCGAUAGCACGCCACUGCUACUACAAUGAUAAAUGUUGGGUCAGCUCAAACACUUCCUUGCUGUACAUUAUCCACGGUCCCAUCUGCGCUGCAUUGGUGGUGAAUCUUUUCUUCCUGCUCAACAUCGUUCGGGUUCUCAUCACCAAGCUGAGAGUGACGCACCAGGCCGAGUCCAGCCUCUACAUGAGGGCUGUGAGAGCCACCCUCAUCCUCAUCCCUCUGCUCGGCAUCCAGUUUGUCCUGCUCCCCUACAAGCCCCAGGACCACUGGGUCUUUGAGGUCUACCUGUACAUCAUGGAUAUCCUCCUGCACUACCAGGGUCUCUUGGUUUCUACAAUAUUCUGCUUCUUCAAUGGGGAGGUCCAGAGCGUCCUGCGGAGACACUGGAAUCAGCAGCGGAUGCAGUUCGCCGGCACGUUCGCCAACGCCGACUUCUUCCGCUCAGCCUCGUACGUGGCGUCGUCCCUCACAGAGGUCCACCGCUGCUACAGCAUCGAAAGCCACACCGAGCACAUGAACGGCAAGAGCUACUCAGACAUAUUCAGAUCGGACAGCCCUUUCGUGUGAAGGCGGCCCUCAACGUUGGACGCUGGAGGCUCACUGUUUCUUUGACUUCACCCAAGAUGUUACGAAGAUUUGGUGUCAGUGUUUUCUUGGAGUUUUGCUACUGACUGAGUACACACUUUUCUUUAUUUUUUGCCUUUUUUUCCAUCUCCCAGCCAAAUAGUUUCCUAACAAUCCACUUCUCACUAAAUUAGAAGGAGCUUGACACCAAAGAGACUGUUUCUCCAUGAUUAUUUACAUCCCAUGAGUAUUCAAAGGGGCUGUUGUUGGCCAUAAGGAAGACCAGAUGAAUCAACAAACCUCACUGUGAGCAUUAACACGAGGAAUUCCUGCCUUUUUUUGCAUCUUGUGGAAUAAACUUGAAGAGCCCCCAGUGAACAAGAAGCUGUUCUGACUGUUAAGAUCUUGCAAACUUAAAAAUAGGUAGUUAUCAGUGAGGGUGUUGUAGCUUUUGCAGAACUUUUUUAAUGUGGCAGAGCCGGAGCCAUAGUUGCUGGGAGUUAUUGAAUAGCAGAGAAGGAGGUGGUCAGACAGUAGGCAGUUACCUUCAAAAACUUAAUGCCAUGAUAUCUGUGGUUAGAAACAUACAGAACUAGACAUUUAAGAUGCAAAACAGUACAAAUACACACAAAAACUAAAGCUUGCUUCUUUUGAAUUAAAGACAUGCAACUUAGAAUAAAGGGUGAAUGAUCCCCUGAGGAGAAUUUAAUAUUUAUAUUAUUUUCUUUUAGCUAAGUUAAAAAUAAAUAAUGAGCUUCACAAGAAUAGGCUUACAUUGUUUUGUCUGGCAUGGGUAUAUCUAUACUAUCUUUUAAGUUAAUGCUCCGUUAGGCUUACUGUGUGUCUUUUUGCUUCACAUCUGAUUAUUCCAAAAUGCUGGAGAGAUUGUAAGUUAGUCAUAGAGGAAACUAUGACUGUGUUUGUACAUAUAUUUGUGUAUGAAUAUGACAUAUAUAAGGCACAAAAUAUGAAUUUUGUAUGUAGACAUCCUUUAGUGUACUACUAGUGUAUAAUUUUCAAGUCAGCUAGGAACACAUAUAUUACUUUUACUACAUUUCAGUCCACAAACUGCAGAAAUUAAUAGUAUAAAGUGUGAAAGUGUCAUGUUGCAUGCUUUUAGAUGAAUCCUCUGGUGAUCAGGAAACAAAUUCAGCAGGAACUGACUUAUACUGAUUCACUGAUUUAACACAUUGAUAAUUAUUACCACUUUUUUGUCAAGAUAAAGUCACCUCCAGGCAGAGAUCGCUUUCCUGUCAGAGAGCUGCUGGUUUCAGUCUUACAGAACAGGAAUUACUCACUUAUGCAGCACUAUUAACGGCCUCUAACGUUAUGAAUAAUCACCGGAAGUGGAAAAAUAAUUUAAAGCUAAUAGUUUGACAUUUUUUCUGAGAGUUAGAUGAGAAGAUUGAUACCACUCUUAUGUCUGUCUGUUCAAAAUAUAAAGCGUUAUAUACCAAAAUGGCAAACUGUUCCUUUAAAUGAACCCUAAAUGUAACGAGCUAGCUUCUAAUUUCUUUUUCUGUUAGAAUCACAGAAUAUUUCUGUUAUUCAUAAUAUAAUAGGCUACUAGACUGGGUGAUUACGACAGUAUUUUAUUUUGCCUUUAAAGAGACAGUAGCCUUACUGGAUGCAUACUGGGUACAUAGUCAGAUAUUUAUUAUGAUACACUGGAUAUAAGUGUGACGUCUGAUUCAUGGCAUUCAUUUCUAAGUUUGACAUUCUCCUUUCUUAAUGCUAAUAUUACCAGUUUAUAUUUACAGACAUGAAAGUGGCAUCAAUCUCAAAUAACUUUCUCUUAUCAGAAAAGCGAAUUUUCCAAAACGUCUAUUACAAACUAUUUAUAAACUCUCUUGCUAACAUCUUUGCAAUAGGCUACACUGAAUAUUAAUAAUAAUAGGGAUUUGUAUUGCCAUUAAUAUAGGCUACAUUGGGGGAAAAAAAACACUUACUGGCUUCUCUGGAGCUUUCUCUGGAGCUUUCAACCAUAUUCUGCUGUCUUCCUCAGCAAAUGGAACUUCCCCAGGUGUUACGACGUGAUAACAAGCGGACUUUUAGAGGGAGGGCAGACCGUAACUCCGGCCUCUGACAGAAGUGCCAUUCACUGAAGAAAACAAUGGGAUAUGACCGAAAGCCCUGCAAAAAAAAAAAAAGCUAGUAAGUGAACCUUGAGUUUAGGAUCCUUUAUCCCAGAUGUUUUUUUCCCGAUGUCAAGACUGAACUUUGAUGUUAGAAAAACAAGAAGGACUAUAUAAAACGCAGAUGUGUGUUUUCCCAUGUUGUAGCAGUUACACAUUUUCAUUAUUUUCAUUUUUGUUGUUUUGUCAAUAAAUCCAGACAAUGCUUGUUUAUACUUAAGAAAUAAUGCUGUAAAUAAAAACAAGCUGUUUUUAAACUGA